AUGGCGCUCUUCGACGGUUCCGUCGGCCAGACGGCGCUCUACGCGGUGGCUGCGUGCGCCGCGUUCCUCGUCUUCCGCAAAGUUACCACCCGUUCUCCCCUCGACAACGUCCCCGGACCUGCCCCAGACUCAUGGCUUAGAGGUAACCUCGGCAGGCUCUUCGUGCGCCAACCUUGGGCGUACCGUCGGGAGAUGAACCAACGCUAUGGGCACGUCUGGGCAGUCCCAGGUCUCGCAGGGAGCAAGUGGCUCAGCGUGUCCGACCCCAAGGCGAUGCACGCUAUCUUCAUCAAGGACAUCGACAUCUAUGAAGAGCCCAGCGAGGCCUUAAUGCUCAUGCUCGGCCCCGGCCUCCUCUCCGUCAAGGGCACCCAGCACAAACGGCAGCGCAAGAUGCUCAACCCAGUCUUCUCCACCAAGCACCUGCGCGACAUGAUGCCCCUCUUCUUUUCCGUCGUUCACAAGACGCGCGAUGCAAUCACGAGCCGCGUUGAGGCCGCGGACGGCUCGGCCCCCGAACUCGACGUACUCGGGUGGAUGGGCCGCACGACGCUCGAGGUGCUCGGGCAGGCCGGCCUCGGGUACUCGUUCGACCCGCUCACGAGCGACCGCCCGGACGCGUUCGCGAACGCGGUCAAAGACUUCUUCCCGGAGCUCGCGAAAACAUUCGUCGGCCGUCUCAUUCUGCCCUACACGGAAUGGAUGGGCUCGAAGCAGUUCAAGCGCAAGCUCGUGGAGCUCCUCGGCACUCGGAUCGGCACGGUCCGCAGGCUGGCGGAGAUCGCAGAUGUGAUGCACGCGCGCUCAGUCGAGAUCUUCAAGGAGAAGGGCGCGGCGCUUUCGCGGGGAGACGAGGCUCUGAAGCAGCAGGUCGGCGAGGGGAAGGAUGUCAUGAGCAUUCUGCUUCGCGCGAACAUGCUCGCGUCGGAGGAAGAUAGGCUGCCGGACGACGAGCUUAUUGCGCAGGUCUCGACGAUGAUCCUUGCCGGUAUGGACACCACCGCGAACACGCUCGCGCGUAUCUUGGAGCUCCUGGCGCAACACCCUGACGUGCAGGAAAGUCUGCGCGAAGAGAUCACGCGCGCGUCCGAGCAGCACGGCGACGACGAGAUCUCGUUCGACGACCUCAUGGCGCUUCCCCUGCUCGAGGCCGUCUGUCGCGAGACGUUCCGCGUCUCCCCCGGGGUGACCGCCCUCUUCCGCCAGACGGCCACCGACGUCGUGAUGCCGCUCACGACCCCGAUCCGGAUGCGCGACGGCACGCUCGCCGACGCGGUCCCCAUCCCGGCCAAGACGCGGCUCAUCAUCGACAACCUCGCGAGCAACUGCGACCCGGCGACCUGGGGCCCGGACGCGCACGUCUGGCGGCCGGAGCGCUGGCUCGCGCCCGUCCCCGCCGCGGUCGAGGCCGCGCGCAUCCCGGGCGUGUACUCGCACCUGAUGACGUUCAUCGGCGGGAGCAAGAGCUGCAUCGGCUUCAAGUUCGCGCAGCUCGAGGCCAAGGUCGUCCUCUACGCGCUCCUCCAGCGCUUCCGGUUCGAGAGCACCGCCCUGCCCGUCCAGUGGAACAUGGCCGGGGUGCAGUACCCGAGCGUCGGCGACGGCGAGCCGUGCAUGCCGCUCAAGGUCUCGCUGCUUCGGGGGCGCAAGUGA